AUGCUGGGCAGGCGCGGGGCGCGCCUGUGCCUCGGCAUCACGAGCCGGCGCUCGCGGGGGCGCCCGCCGCAGCUCGGAGCUGGGGUCGGGGAGAUCCGGGGCAAAGCCCAGGGGCCGCGGUGCAAGGCGGCUGGCGUCCUCCCCCUCCGAGACCCCCUCGCCCUCCGUGGCCGCCGCGCAGAGGGACCUGCUGCUCUGCGCGGGCGCGUGCGCGGGCGCCGGGGCGGCCCUUGUGCUGUGGCAGUGCUGGUCGCCCGGCGAGAGCGCGCUGUCCGGCUCGGAGGCCACCGCCCAGAUGCGAUCGAGGCAGCGCUGGAGCUCCUGCGCGCCGGCACGCCGCUCGGCGACGCCGCCGCGCCGAGCGGCGGCGGCGCCCUGUUCGUGGACCUGGGCUGCGGCGACGGCUGCGUGGUGUGCGCGGUGGUGCAGAGGUUCGGCUGCCGGGGCGUCGGGGUGGACGUGCUGCCCGGCGCCGUGGCGCAGGCCCGCGCCGCCGCGGGGGGGCUGCCGCCCGCGCGCGGCGGCGGGGCGCGCUUCCUGUGCGCCGACAUGGCCGACGUGCGCCUGGCGGAGGCGGACAUCGUGUUCCUGUACCUGCCCCCGGACAUGGCGAGGGACGUGGUGCUGGGCCUGCUGCCCGCGAGCGGCCUGAGGGCCGGCACCCACGUCCUGAUCAAUGACGCCGCGGACGGCCUGCGGCACGGCUGCGGCCUGCGCCACCUGCGCCGCGCCCGCAGCCGCGGGGGCGGCCAGCCAGUGGACCUGUUCGAGUGGCUGGGGCAGGGCGCGACGGCGGGCCGGCCACUGGUCAGCCGCUUCUUCGCGGAGCCCCUCGGCGGCGCGAGGCAGCAGGUCUCCCCGUGGGACUCGGCGCAGUAG